AGUCGCUGGCCAUCUUCGCCUUCCAUCUCGUCUGGUGUCGUGUUCGGUGUAUUCUCUACUCUUCCUCUCUUCCUCUCUUCCUCUCUUCUGGGCCCGGCCUCUCUCCGGUGCGAUUUACGCUGCGUUAACUGCACUGGUGCUGGUCGCCUUGCCUCUUCAGUCUCUCUGUUCGUCUUUGCCUCCAGUUCCGCCUCCAAGCCUGUCUUUCACUGCCGCACUCCCUACCAUGCCUAUCGCCAUCCCCGUCAUCCCUGAGAUCUCCAUCUCCCUCGCAUCCCCCGAGGAGCCCCUCAGCGAGCCCUUCUCUCCCUUCUCGCCCGACUUCUCCCCAAAGACUCCGACCAUAUCUGUCCUCCAGGACGACGAUGGCUUCAGGGCCACCCUCCUCUCCCCGCCGCCCACCCUCUCGCCCAGAGCCCUUUCCCCCUUGCGCCCGGUGGAUGUUUCUGCCAAGUGCAAGGGUCUGGAGAGAGAGCGCUUCGAGGCUCUGCUGAGAGCAUCCAAGGACAGGAAUUCUGCAGUCGGCAGCAGGAGGGAGGUGGAUCUCCGCAAGGAAAUUGCUAUCAAGGCUCACAAGAGCAAGCAGGUUGAGCGUAGGGCACUGUUUCUCUCCAAGGUGCAGGCCCCUCCCUCGCCCACCGCGACUGUGACGCCCAAGACUCCGCCCGAGUCGCCGGCAAUCUUCCACUACUCCUUGCCAUCCCCGGGCUUGGAUUCACCGAUUGGCGUGUUCGAGAACAUGUCUCCGAGCGAGUUGACCGGCCAGCCGUGGGUCGAACAGGUGGAUUUCCGCCUGCCUGGGAAGCCCAUGCGCUCGCCUGCUCUCAAGACGGCACCCUGCUUACUCCUCGGGGACGGGCAAGGAUACCCCUCGUGGUUCUCCUCGACUUCCCUCCUUCUUGCAGUCGACCCGGCGCUCUCCGGCGCCGUCCGUCACGAAGGACAUCGAGGAUCUACUGCCCUGAAGGGGAGGCACGUACUGCCUCAGGACGUCGGACGUCUUCACUUCCCGCCACGGUCCCCCGCGCCGGAGUCGAAGCCCAUGAUGAUGGUCAUCCGCGAGCCAAAGCCGUGCCUGCCCCCCGACUCGCCGACGCUCUACCCGCCGUCGAAGCUGCAGGUCACCACUACCGUAGUGCCGCGCACGAACGCGACGUCCCCGACGGAGUUCAGCGAGUCCAAUCUGCUCGCUUUCAACAACUCCGCGGAGUCGCGCGGGGACACGGCGCGCAAGAUGCUCACGCGGCUCCGGCGCCGCACGCUGCCUCCCGCCUCGUCACUCUCGGACCUCGGCGUCCCGGCCUCGCCGCGGGAGGACGACGAGGAGCGGAAGCUCCGGAGACGCAGCGCUCCCCCGGAGCUCCAGGAGAGGGAAAGGGCCCGCACCGGUUUCGAGCACGCCGUUCUGGCGCUGCCCGGCGCGUUCUGA